UUUUUUAACGACUCUGAUGAGGAAAUCAUUAAUCCCAAGAAUUUUCCAGAAUUGUAUCCAAAACAGAAACGUAGAAAAGUGGACGAAAAUAAGUACGCGAGUCUUGGCAAUUAUGUCGAUAGGGAUAUGACAA